ACCUCCGGGAGCGUGGGGGCCAUGUCGCCGGCGCGCAGCCACCUGCGCGCGGCUCUGUCUCUGGCAGCGGUUUCCGCGCGCAGCUCAGCGACCGGGGUCACGGCGCGGCGGGGGUUGAGCGUGUGGCCCGCGCCGCAGGAACCCGGCAUGGAGUAUCAGGAUGCGGUGCGCAUGCUCAAUACCCUGCAGACCAAUGCCAGCUACUUGGAGAAGGCGAAGCGCCAACGGGGUGACCCUCAGACACAGCUGGAAACCAUGAGGCAGUACCUGGCAUGGAGUGGGCUGCAGGUGGAGGACUUGGACCGGCUGAACAUCAUCCAUGUCACUGGGACCAAGGGGAAGGGCUCCACCUGUGCCUUCACUGAGUGUAUCCUCCGAAGCUAUGGCCUGAAGACGGGAUUCUUUAGCUCUCCCCACCUGGUGCAGGUGCGUGAGCGGAUCCGCAUCAACGGGCAGCCCAUCAGCCCUGAGCUCUUCACCAAGCACUUCUGGCGCCUCUACCACCGGCUGGAGGAGACCAAGGAUGGCAGCUGUGUCUCCAUGCCUGCCUACUUCCGCUUCCUCACGCUCAUGGCCUUCCACGUCUUCCUCGAAGAGAAGGUGGACCUGGCGGUGGUGGAAGUGGGUAUCGGCGGGGCUUAUGACUGCACCAACAUUAUCAGGAGGCCUGUGGUGUGUGGAGUCUCCUCUCUUGGCAUCGACCACACCAGCCUUCUGGGGGACACAGUGGAGAAGAUCGCGUGGCAGAAAGGGGGCAUUUUUAAGCAUGGUGUCCCAGCCUUUACUGUGCUCCAGCCUGAAGGUCCCCUGGCAGUGCUGAGAGACCGAGCCCAGGAGAUCUCAUGUCCUCUCUACCUGUGCCCGCCACUGGAAGCCCUGGAGGAAGGGGGGCCACCGCUGACCUUGGGCCUGGAGGGAGAGCACCAGCGGUCCAAUGCCGCCUUGGCCUUGCAGCUGGCCCACUGCUGGCUGCAGCAGCAGGACCACCAGGACACUGGGGAGCUGAAGGCAUCCAGGCAAAACUUCCUGUGGCAGCUGCCCCUGGCACCGGUGUUCCAGCCUACGUCCCACAUGCGGCACGGGCUUCGGAACACGGAGUGGCUGGGCCGGACGCAGGUGCUGCGGCGCGGGCCCCUCACCUGGUACCUGGACGGCGCGCACACCACGAGCAGCGUGCAGGCCUGCGUGUGCUGGUUUCGCCAGGCGCUGCAGGCCCGCAAGAGGCCGAGCGCUGGGCCUGAGGUGCGUGUCUUGCUCUUCAACUCCACCGGGGACCGGGACCCUGCGGCCCUGCUGAAGCUGCUGCAGCCCUGCCAGUUUGAUUAUGCUGUGUUCUGCCCCAACCUGACAGAGGUGUCAUCCACAAGCAAUGCAGACCAGCAGAACUUCACAGUGACGCUGGAUCAGGUGCUGCUGCGCUGCCUUGAACACCAGCAGCACUGGAACUGCCUGCAUGAGGAAGAGUCCAGCCCAGACCUCUGGGGCACCCCUAGUCCAGAGCCUGGGGGUCCUGCAUCCCUGCUGCUAGAGCUCCACCCACCCCACCCCUGCAGCGCCAGCUCCCUGGUCUUCAGCUGCAUCUCCUAUGCCUUGCAGUGGAUCAGCCAAGGCCGGGACCCUAUCUUUCAGCCACCCAGUUCCCCAAGGGACCUCUUUGCCCACCCUGUGGCAAGCAGCGGGGCCAAUGUACUCCAUGAGGCUGCUGCCAUCCACGUGCUGGUUACGGGCAGCCUGCACUUGGUGGGUGGUGUCCUGAAGCUGCUGGAGCCUUCCCUGUCUCAGUAGCCAAGGUGGUGGGGUUGGAUGUGGGAGCCUCCCAUACCUGCCCUGCAUUCUCUCCAUGAACUCAUAUAUAUAUACUGGGUGCUUUUUGUUUUCUGCUUUCCUGAUUCUGUCUAGACUGGCUCAGGGACCCAGGCUGUGGGCGACGGAAUAGAGAGGCUGAGAGAGGACGUCCUCUACCUUUGAGGCUCUGUGCCUUGGCCUCUUCUUCCCAGCCAAGACAGCCAGGAGGCUUCCCAGGUCUCACUGUUGUAGCAGGGCUAGCGGCCCAACCCAGCUCCCCUCCCACCUUCCUGCCUCCUGGCUCAGGCCCAGCUUAUUGUGUGAGCUGCCUGGCCAGGCCUAGGGUCCUGCUGGGUGCCGGGCAAGAGAUUUCCUCCUCCUAAUGCCUUCUGGGAAAGGAAAAGCCCCUGCCUGGGACACCCUGGGGACAGAAGGUGGCUGGAGUGAAUUAAAGCCUUAAA